CGGACUUUCUCAAUAGAGCAACACAGGUGCCGUGGUAGGCACUGCUGCUGCAUUGUGGACUUGUCUUUAAGGGCUUCCUUCGGAGAUUUUCAUGUUUCAUCAUGGACAGGAAUGGAUUACAGACAGAUGGCUCAGCCAUGGCAGGCUACAGUUACCCUAGUCAACAAGAGUCACUGAGGUUAAGGAGAAGACCCUCUAAUGGUGCGGACGGGAGCUCACCUCAGUUUAACUGGAACCCAGAUCAGAAGGACGAUGAAACAAGACAAGACCUUAAAGAGUUACCUUUACCCAUGGCACUCAAAAAAUCCAUUAGGCAGGUACAGCAGAUGAAGGUACCAGUUGUGUCCAGCUGGCAGUCCUGGAAGAUGCACAGGUCAAAAACACUGAAGAGGUUUCAAGAAGGGGCUGGUGGUGCCCUAGCCUAUGUUGUCUUGUGGCGUCGAGGUCUACAAAAGAUAGGGGGACACUUUGGUGGAGGUGUCCAAUCCUACUUCCUGUUUCUGCGGUUCUUGGUGGUGCUCAACUUCUUCUCGUUCCUGUUGAUUGCAUCUUUCGUCCUUAUCCCAAGUAUCGUCUUUCGAUCCAAUAACUCUGGCAACAAUAUUGAACUGAAUAUCAGUGCUGGUAAGGAGGAAUGUACAAUAUAUGACCCCAAUCCUCAAGGCUUGGUUCAUUUCUAUACCUAUUUCAUUGACUUACUUACGGGAACGGGCUUUAUGGAAUACUCAUACCUUUUCUAUGGUUAUUACAACAAUACUGAGGAGACCAUUAAUGAGUUCUCAUAUAAUAUUCCCCUUGCGUAUUUGCUCACGGCAGGCUUCUACUUCAUCUUCUGCCUGAUCUGCAUAGUCAUCCGGAUGGGGGGUGCAAUCCGCAUUGCUGUUAAAACAGGGGGCAAGGCAGUGGGAGGAUACAGCAUGCUGCUUUUCACAGGCUGGGAUUACGGCCUUCAAGGGGAUCGAGCCAUCAAACUGAAACAUAACAACAUACGUUACCGGCUGCAGGUGGAUCUGGAGGAGGAGCGUAUCAAACUGAAGGCUGCAUCCCUGACCCUGGCUCAGAUCAUAGGACUGUAUUCUCUCCGCGCAUUUCUCAACUUCAUUGUUCUCCUACUCAUCGGAGCGUCUUUCUACUGUAUCUUCCUGGCGACGGAUUUUAGCCAGAGUUUUGAAGGGACAGACUUCUGGAGUCUGGUGGUAGAAUACCUGCCUUCCAUUGUCAUUACGGUGGCAAACUUCCUGGUGCCUUUCCUGUGUGAUCAAAUAGCCCUGCUGGAGAAACACACCCCCAGCACUACCAUCAUCCUGGCACUACUGAGGGCUGUGUUUCUGCGCAUGGUCAGUCUGGGAGUUUUGCUCUUCACUCUGUGGAGCCAGAUCACUUGCAGCACAGAGGAGAGGGGAGAGUGUCAGCCUUGUGGAUAUAACCACACAUUAUAUCCGUGCUGGGAGACCAGAGUGGGCCAGGAGAUGUACAAACUGGCCAUGUUUGACUUCAUAACUGUCAUUGCUGUUAUGAUACUUGUGGAAUUUCCACGCAGGAUGGUGGUUGAUAACUGCUCUUGGAAGCUGGUGAAGUUUGUGGGGCGACAGGAAUUUGUGGUUCCACAGAACGUUUUAGGUGUGGUCUAUGGACAGACAGUGGUGUGGGUCGGUGCCUUGUUCUGUCCUCUCCUGCCUGUCAUCAACACUGCCAAGUUCAUCAUCAUCUUCUACUGCAAAAAGAUUACUCUGUUUUACAACUGCCGCCCUGCGGACCGAACUUUUCGCUCUACCAGUUCCAACUUCUUCUUCCUCUUGGUGCUUCUCUUUGGCUGGAUGCUGGCCUGUUUGGCUCUGAUAUACAGCGUGGCAGUGAUUCAUCCGUCAAUGAGCUGCGGCCCAUUUCGUUCUCUCACAACGAUGUGGAGCGCGGUCCCCAACACCUUUAACUCACUCUCUAACACCUCCAAAGAGUUCCUGAGCUACGUCGGUUCUCAGGCCUUCGCAGUCCCUCUCUUCAUCGUGUCCUGUGUGGUGAUGGCAUAUGUCACUGCCCUGGUAUCAGUCUAUGGACAGAGUGUUUCACUCCUAAGAGCACAACUUAAAUUGGAAGGACGUGACAAGAAAUUCUUGGUUAAACAAAUAGAGGAAUUGAGUUUGAAGAAUCAGAGAAGAGAAGAAAGGAGAAGAUAACUUCUGAGAGAUCCAUCUGUCAUAAAGAUGGAAAGCUAUCAGACUGCUGUACAUUUGGAAUGACGGUAGCUUUUCAGAGUAAGGAGUGCCAAAUAUAGUUUGUAGUCAUUUGUCUUUUCCCAGUGAGGAAAUUUCACUGGAUUUAAACCUGUCUGACUUUCCACCAAAUUUUUACUCAACACCCCAGAAAUAUUUACUUCCUGUGAUGGUUUUAUUCCUAAUAUAUUCAUUAUAAGGUUGCAAGGGAAAUGUCUCCACUCCACUCAUAUUUCAUCUUUCCACUCAAAUUCUGUUUAAACCAAAACAUUAAUUUCAGAUAGAUUAUUUUUAAAGAGCUUAUUUCUAAUUCGGUUUAAAACCAUUAAAUUAUAUUUCCUGGCUGGCCUGGGAUUGCCUUGGGUCUGAGUUGGAGGAUGUCGCUGGGAGAGAGAUGUCUGGGCUGCUUUGCUUGCCCUGUUGCCACUGUGACCCUGACCUGGAUUAAGCAGUUAGAAAUUGGAUGGAAGGAUGGAUGUUUAAGUUGCAAUCAUAUGGAUCAGAAUUACUCUUAGCAGGCCUAUACCUUUUCAAGACCUCAAUAAAAAAGACAAAUAAUUAUUCUAUCAGUUUGUGAUGAAUAUUGCAUUGAAUGUAUUUGUUUUGGAUACAUACAUUAUAAACCCCUAAUGGUCUCAAUGAGUAUUAUCAGGGGUCGCCAACCUGGUCCUGCAGGAUGGUUGUUGCGUUGUGGUUGAUGCUGUUUUUGUGACUCUUGAAGACCAGGGUUGCCGACCCCGAAGGAUUAUGAUUUGACCUGCUGUCUUCACGAGAGAAUAAAUAAUGGAGCCAAUAAUUACAUACUAUGUUCAGUUUAAUUUCUGGUUAUUUGUGAGGAUUCUAUGUGAUUCCUUCUUUUUAUUUUUUGGAGAUGUCCCAGAGAUUUAAACAAUGGCUGUCAUCUGUUUCUUAUCUUCUAGAGAAAUGUAUGGAAAUCAUGUAUCAAUGGAAUAAAUUGGCUUUUCAAUAAUGUUAUUAUAUACUAACAGUCUGACUACUGUUUAAA